CCCUUUCCUACAAAUCGCAGUCACUUCCUACCCCCCCUCUCGCGCUCUCCUUAGCAUAUUUGAUCACUUUGAUUGCAGGCUCCUAUUUGAGGGCUUAUCCCUGUGCAUGAAGGAUGUCCUGCAGCCUGUGAACCGCUCCUCUCCAUUGCCGCUACUGUUGUUGUUUGCUGCCGCCGGAGGAGAGCGGAGACUUCUGCUUCAUGUUCGGAGGAGAAGAAGGGAUCUGAGGAGCGAGUCCUGCUGGAGCAGAAGAAGAAGGAGCUCCCCCUCUGUACUAAUCCUUAACCCUUCAUGGCUUUCCUGAAUGGCUGACUGUGAUCUUCCCAGGACCUGGCCCCCAGCACUAAGUCUGCAGCUUCACAGAGACACCUCCAAGUCUUCUCCAGAGCACUAGUGCAGCCACCCUGCUCAUCUGAUUGCCUGCUGCUCCUUCUCCUUUAUUUCCCUGACACCCCCCCCCCCCUACCCCCCUUUUAUUCAUAUAUUAAAGCUGCCUGGUCUGAUCCCACAAGCACCAUAAGAAGACUAGGGGAAGAAGCAGUUUGGAAGAGGUUCCCCAUAGAUAUGGCAAUGGUAGUGGGUGCUUGGAGAGACCCUCAGGACGAUGUGCCAGGAACUCAACCUUCACAGCCACCUCCAGGGCAAGGGCCAGCGGGGGCACCACACACCCCACAGACGCCAGGGCAAGGAGUGCCCUCUUCUACCCCUGCUCAAUCCAACCCCUCCAGCCAGUCCAGCCAGGGCCAGGGGGAGAAGCAGCAGCAGCAGCAGCAGCAGCACAUCGAGUGCGUGGUGUGCGGGGACAAGUCCAGCGGCAAGCACUACGGCCAGUUCACCUGUGAAGGCUGCAAGAGCUUCUUCAAGAGAAGUGUAAGGAGGAACCUGAGCUACACAUGUCGUGCCAACAGGAACUGCCCCAUAGACCAGCACCACCGCAAUCAGUGUCAAUACUGUCGCCUCAAAAAAUGUCUCAAAGUUGGCAUGAGACGGGAAGUUUCUUCUCUAUUCACUGCAGCCGUACAGAGGGGCAGAAUGCCACCCACACAGCCUACCCAUGGUCAGUUCGCCUUGACGAAUGGAGACCCUCUCAACUGCCAUUCCUACCUAUCCGGAUAUAUAUCCCUUCUCCUGAGAGCAGAACCCUACCCGACCUCUAGAUUUGGCAGCCAAUGCAUGCAACCCAACAACAUUAUGGGCAUCGAGAACAUUUGUGAACUGGCAGCCAGGAUGCUCUUCAGUGCGGUGGAGUGGGCACGGAAUAUCCCCUUCUUCCCAGACCUGCAGAUCACAGACCAAGUGGCACUUCUAAGGCUGACCUGGAGUGAGUUAUUUGUGCUGAACGCUGCCCAGUGCUCCAUGCCACUCCAUGUUGCCCCUCUCCUGGCAGCUGCUGGUCUACACGCUUCCCCCAUGUCUGCGGACAGAGUGGUGGCCUUUAUGGACCACAUACGAAUCUUCCAAGAGCAAGUAGAAAAACUGAAGGCAUUACAUGUGGACUCGGCAGAAUAUAGUUGUUUAAAAGCUAUAGUUCUCUUUACUUCAGAUGCCUGUGGUCUGUCUGAUGUAGCUCAUGUGGAAAGUUUGCAGGAGAAGUCCCAAUGUGCAUUGGAAGAAUAUGUUAGAAGCCAGUACCCCAACCAGCCUACAAGAUUUGGCAAACUCUUACUCCGUCUACCCUCCCUCCGCACUGUGUCCUCCUCUGUCAUAGAGCAAUUGUUUUUCGUCCGUUUGGUAGGUAAAACCCCUAUAGAAACGCUCAUUAGGGAUAUGUUACUCUCUGGAAGCAGUUUCAAUUGGCCCUAUAUGUCCAUUCAAUAAAAUACAAAGUAUUGAUAGGGGGAAUUGGAGGGCAAACAAAAAAUAAAAAGACUCUGGGGUAUGUUGGCUAAAAUUCCUUCUGCUAAGGCUGUUACAAGUUUACUUAAAGAAGAGGGAAGAAUUUAUUGGACUGUGAAUAAAAAAAAAAAACUAAACAUAAAAAGACUAUUGAUGAACUCUUAUCAGAAUGCAUUUAAACCUGUCUCGUUCAGAACAACUUGCUACGUAUCUUCUUUUUUUUUCUUAAAAAAGAAAAAAAAAUCUGAAAAAAAUCAACAGGGAAUUUUAGUCUUUUUUGUAACCUUUUAAAAAAAAUAUCGCUAAAAAAGUGCAUUUAUGGAAAUGUGGAGAAAAAUAGCAGAAAGUUCCUUUUUUUUCCCUAAAUUCUAAAUUUUCCUCUGUGUCUAUGUAUCUAUUAGCUGUUUUAUUUCAUAUUUUUAUUUUCCAUUUUGUAUUUUCCUGGUUCCAAACCAGUUUAUUCUGUGGUUCUAUGAUAUUCAAUUUUUUUUUUCUAUAAAUAUUAUUCUUGACUUAAGAGAGAAAAAAAACGUAUCCUUAAAAUAUGUUCUGAAAGAAUUAAAACAAGAGUCCACAAAAUAUCAUAGGAAAACAUGGAACUUAAAAACCUGACACUAGACCUUUAAGUUGGAAGCGCACUUAUAAGUGAUGAGCCUAAUUUAAUUAAUAUUGAGACCUGUAAUUAUUUACACAGUGGAACCACGUUUCUUCAUUACACAAGACAGAAUUUUUUUUUUAUAUUAUUAUAAUAAUUAUUAUUAUUAUUUUAUUUUCAUAAAUAAGACAGUCUGUGGGUGUUGAAGUGCAGGGGAUCCCGUGUCUUAGACACAGCAGCGCUUUAGAUAAGGACAAUUCAUGUUCCAUACAGUAUUCUUCAUUCUCUUCUGAAGCUCCUAUAUAACUGUUUGUAUAUUUGCAAAUCCCUUUGUAUUAUAAUUGUUGAUAUUUCCAUUUUUUUAAAGAGACAAAAUACAAUUGAAAAUCAGCAUGACAAAUAACACUGUUGGCACUUAUACAUAAUGUGAUUGGUUCGGUAACUAGAUUUUACAGUUUUGUGUUUCAAAGAAACUGAAGGUUUUUAUUAUUUUAUUUUUUUCGUUCUUUUUUUUAAGUGCAACUUUUUUUUUUUCCCUGUAUACUGUAAAAGUUAUUAUAACUGAACUGUUUGGUCGAGUCUUUGUGUGUUAUAUUUCAAGAAAAAAUUGAAAUUAUUCAGAAAUUAAAAUAUUAUUUGAUAUCUGAAAACUCUUUGGCUGUGACAAGUGUCUUUCAAAAAAACAAACAAACAAACAAAAAAAAGAGCUAAAACAAAGAAUGAUCUGAUCCAUAUUUCAUGUGUUUCUGCUAAUGAGCCCCCCUUCAUGACAUAGGUGGUCUGGCUGCAGAAGGGGUUAAUUUAAUUUGCUUUUCCUCCCUAUCCCCACCCCCCUAUUGUGUUUGCAGUGUAUUUGCAUGCCUAAUUCGGCAGGAAACGCUUAAACCAAUGGUUUAUCUAUGGUUUAAGAGGUACUGGACAUUAUUAUUGCAACCCUUUCCUAGUAACCUAAUCCACUAUUUCAUUAAAAAUGGAUUUCCUAGGCCCAUACUUCUAAGUGCCUGUAUUUUAGCGAACUUAUAUUGUUAAACUGAUCCAAAAAAUCUUCUGCAUCUAUUUUAUGAACAUAAGAAAUAAGAGGACUAUUUUGUACAUAUCUGGUAUACACGCACAGGAUUAUGGGGGGCAAGCCAGUGGCACAUUUGUAUAUACAGGUCAGUUGCUUUUUUUUAUUGAGAUUUCUUUUCUUUUCUUUUUUUUCCCCCUUGGUUGCUCAAUAAUAUUUUGUGAUAUGCGUUGUUGGAAGAAGCUUCACAUGGGGUGACUUAGCUUUUAGAGGAUCCCUGUACAGAAUAAAUCAUGUACAAUUUAGUAUUAUUAUUAUUAUUAUUAUUAUUAAUCCAGUGUAUUCAGAAAGUUAAGUGAAGGGACUUAGGCCUUUAUAAUAGAACCAGAAAGGGUUAAACAUAUAUGUAGGCAUCCAGAAAAUGUAAUAUCAUUUGUUAAUAUGGGGGGUAUAUUUUGUACAAAAAAACAAACAAAACAACAAAUGGCCAUAUUUUAAAGUUAUUCCAAUGUCAUAUUUUUUAAUUUAUUGUCAAUGCACGCCUGCAAGAUGAUCUGCUUUCUGUUUGGGGUGGAUUAGGAGGACAUGCACACAUCUAGAGGAGGACACACUAGGCUGGAUGGAUGCAUAGAGCUGUGGACAGAACACACAGGGAGAGGAGCCAGCGCUGAGCACAUUUGCAGAGUAUUACUGACCUCUACUUUUAGGUUCCUCUAUUGCAAGUCAUUGCAUUUGGGAGUGUAUGACUUUUUAUUUUAUUUUUUUAUUAUUUUAUUUUUGUAUUGCAAAAAAAAUUCACAGGAAGUCGUUUUUGUGUUUAGCUUGUUGUAAACCAUGUGUUGUAAAUUGUCUCAUUGGUAUUAAAUUAUAAUUUAUGAAUUUCAAACUGAAAA